AUGCUACUCCAGAGGACGUUAGUUGUUCUAGCACUAACUCUGAAUAUCGCAUUAUGCGGUUACCAAAGAUCUAUAGUUCAUUUUGAUAUGAAAGGUGCGCCACCAAAAGUGGCGUAUUUCAAGCAACUUCUCACAACAAUAAGCGGGUUAGGUGCAACAGGUGUUUUACUGGAAUGGGAGGAUAUGUUCCCAUUCCGAGGGGAUCUUUCAAGAGUCGUCAAUAAAAACGCGUACACUGAAGAUGAAGUGAUCAGUAUCUUGGAACAUGCUCAACAACUGGAACUUGAAGUCAUCCCACUUGUGCAAACUUUGGCACAUAUGGAAUGGAUUCUGAAGAAUGAAGAGUACAGCAACUUGAGAGAAGACGAAAGGUACCCAAUGGUAGCGUGUAUUGGAGACCCACAAAGUUUGGAGUUAAUUUUAGACUCUGUCAAUCAGUUAAUGAGAGUGCACUCGAAAUUCAAUUCCCGAUACAUCCACAUUGGGGCGGAUGAAGCAUUCCAAGUAGGAAUAUGUGAAGCCGAUCGUUUAGUCCUUCCAGUCAAGUAUGAAAACGACACUCUCCGUAUGAUCUUUGACCACUUGAAAAAAGUGUCGAUCAAUGUCACCGAAGAAUUCCCGGCGACAAAGGUUUUAAUGUGGUUCGAUGAGUUGAAAAGUGCACCGUUGGAGCUAAUCAAAGAGUACAGCCUUGAUGAAUUAGUGAUCCCUGUCGUAUGGAAGUAUACAUCUAAUUUGGAUAAUGACCUGCCCCCGGAGAUGUGGAAAAACAUGUCAUACUCAUUCAAAGAGGUGUGGGGUGGCAGUGCGUUUAAAGGUGCCGACGGCGCAAGUCGUUAUUGGAAUCGUCUCAAACCAUACAUUCUCAACAAUAAAGAAUGGUAUCUUCAGAACGAAAAAUAUAAAUCACAGUUCACGACAUUCGAUUCUAUCAUCAUUACAGGUUGGCAAAGGUACGAUCACUUCGCGUCGUUAUGUGAACUUUGGCCCACUUCAAUGGUUUCGUUGGCGUUGAACCUGAUAGUGUUAACCAAGUUUCAUAUAGACACGGUGUCUGCCGAACAAGCAAUACAAGCGUUGAACUGUCCACCUUCUACUACUCUUGACCAGUUGGUGGCCGGAUCGGAUAGAUGUCGGUUCCCAGGAUAUAGAUCAAGGGAUGCUAUUAGAGAUUAUGUUCAAUUGAAGACAUUUUUUGAAAACUCAACUUGGGUGCAUAAUAGAGAAAACGGAUGGCUCCAAUCGUCCCAUAUGAGACUAGCUGCUAGCAAUCCUUACUAUAUUGAUGCUAUUGGGAAGGCUUAUGAAAGAACUCUGAAAAAAUUGGAUACGGUUUCCACGAACCUUAAGACUGCGUUCACUGAAAUAUUCUAUCCGGAUGUUAUCGAAGAGUUUCUGACUGAUUAUGUCACACCGUUCUCUGAAGACUUGCAGAAAAGGAAAGAUGCAGUCCGAAACAUUGACACAAAACGGUCAUAUGGUCCUCGUCCAUGGUUCCUAUAA